AAACUACUUUGUAUUUGGCGGAAUAUUAUUUAUUAAGACAUUCUUAUUAGAUUAAAAUACUUAUUAAAAAACUAAACUAUAAAUACCUUUUUGAUUAGAAAUAAUUUAGGAAUGAUUGAAACUGAAAAUUAUUUAAGUCCUAUAAAAAGGGUUGAUCAUUUCAGUAAAAAGGGCAAGUACUCAAAAGAUUUGAUUGACAUGCAUAAAAUAUUAGAAGAGAAGGACUUGUUUAUUAUAAAAUUACAAAAACAGCUAAGCGAAGCAAAUAAAUAGAUAAUAUUAAAUAAAAACGAAAAGAGUGAAUUUGAAAAAAAGCUUUAAUUGUAAGAAGAAUAUAUUUAGAAGUGCUAAAAAAUAAUAAGCCAAUAUGAGUCAUUAUUGCAAUAACAUAAAUCUCUUUCAUUAGAUAAAAAGUUAUAACUUCCGAGCAUUUAAAAUUCUUAAAUUUGCUAAGAUUUAACCUUAUAAGGUUCAUAAAUAUAAAGUUCAAAAAAGAAGAACAAGUUUGAAGCAGAUAAUGAAAGCUUUAAAGAAAAUAAAAGUUAUAACAGCAGAAUAUAAGUAGAGAAAAAGCAUUUUGAAACUAGCACAGAGAGCCUCUCUUUUUAGGAAGGAAGCUCGCCAAGAAAUAUUUAACUUGAUACUUAGCAUGGAAACUAAUAAAAUAUAAAUUAUGAUUAAUAAAUGACUAAAAGCGAAUAAAAACCAGUGAAAAAGAAAUAUUAUAUUGAUGAGUAAAAUUUAGAUAGAAACAAUUUUUCAAAUAAAUUUCGCGGUAUGAAUAGGUCACUAAUUCAAUAAACGAAUCAUAUAGGUUCUAGUGACAGUUAAUAAUAAAUUCAGUUUUAAAAUAAGCAAAAUGGAAGUGAAAGUUUGAAUGCAAGAGAUAGGAAUAAAAAAUAAAUCUAAUAAGGCAAUUUAAGAAAUUCUUUAUAAGAUAUUUAUCUAAAUUUUAAUGGAAACUUUUAUGGUAACAAACAAAAUAAUUUAGUUGCGAAUAACUCUCAAUUAUCUUAACUUAUAAAAGGAAAUUAUGAAUAAAGCUAUUAGAAAGAUAAUAUUUUUAGCAGAUAAAAUUAGAACUCAAAUUAUUUAAAAUAAAAAUAACUAGAAAGUUAACCUAUUGGAUAAAUAAAGUCUACCCCUGAUUUAUCCCUAAUUAAGCUUCCUAUUAGUAAAUUACAAAAAGUAGAGUCAAAAGAAAUCAAAAGAAGAAUCAAUCUAAAGGUUGAGUAAAAGUUCUUAAAUUGA